AGCGAGGCGCGCUUUCUUCAAACGGCAACUCUCCGCGUUUUACCUCUAAAGUUAAUCGCAAACGUUUAUAAAGGAAUUGGAUCCAAUAUCUGAUACUUCUAUUCUGUUUCAUUUCAUCAAUGGAGAAUUCUCAAGUUCAAGGUUUUGAAAUUAGAGAUCGAAGACCGGACGCUCUUGGCAACCUCAAAGUCCUUCCCGAUGAACUCAUCUGUGCUAUUCUGGAGUAUCUUACUCCUCGAGAUGUAGCUCGUCUCUCUUGUGUUAGCAGCGUUAUGUACAUUUUUUGCAAUGAAGAACCACUAUGGAUGAGUUUAUGUCUUAAUACAGCCAAUGGCCCGCUUCAGUACGGAGGCUCCUGGAAGAAAACCACGUUGCAUUUAGAGAAUGUGCCUGAUGAAUAUAAAGAAUGCUGUGGAAAACAACUUUUUUUUGAUGGUUUCUACUCUUUGUUCUUGUAUAGAAGAUUAUACAGGUGUAAUACUAGUUUGUCUGGGUUUUCAUUUGAUGUUGGGAAUGUGGAAAGAAAGAAAGACCUGUCUUCAGAAGAAUUUUUUCAUCAAUACGAUGCGAGGAAACCGGUUUUGCUUGCUGGAUUGGCUGAUCAUUGGCAAGCAAGGAAUACAUGGACAAUUGAUCAAUUGUCAAUGCAAUAUGGAGAUACCGCUUUUAAAAUUUCUCAGAGGAGCUCCAGAAAAGUUUCAAUGAAAUUCAAGGAUUAUGUCUCAUACAUGAACUUUCAGCACGAUGAGGAUCCCCUAUAUAUUUUUGAUGACAAGUUUGGGGAAACUGCACCCAGCUUAUUGAAGGAUUACAGUGUGCCUUAUCUAUUUCAAGAAGACUUCUUUGAAAUACUAGAUAAAGAGAAGCGGCCUCCCUUCAGAUGGCUUAUUAUUGGGCCAGAGAGGUCUGGCGCAUCUUGGCAUGUUGAUCCAGCACUCACCAGUGCCUGGAAUACUCUUCUAUGUGGCCGUAAAAGGUGGGCAAUGUAUCCUCCUGGCAGGGUACCUAUAGGUGUCACAGUGCAUGUAAAUGAAGAAGAUGGAGAUGUAAAUAUUGACACUCCAUCAUCACUUCAGUGGUGGUUAGAUUUUUAUCCACUUCUUGCUGAUGAAGACAAGCCAAUAGAGUGUACUCAGCUACCUGGGGAAACGAUUUUUGUUCCAAGUGGAUGGUGGCAUUGUGUUCUGAAUCUUGAAACAACUAUUGCUGUUACACAAAAUUUUGUAAAUUCUAAAAACUUUGAAUAUGUAUGUCUGGAUAUGGCACCUGGUUAUCGGCAUAAAGGAGUUUGUCGUGCUGGAUUGUUGGCUCUUGAUGAAGGUGGUUUACAAGACAUUGAAAUAAGUGCAAUGUGUGAUAAAGAUGAUCCGAGUGACCCAGACCUGACAAGGAAAGAGAAGAGGGUAAAAAUUCAAGAACUUGCAGAAGAUCCAGAACAUGAAACUAAGAAUGGUAACUCUAAAAGUUAUGGGUUGUGGAAACAAGAUUUUUCUUAUGACAUAGAAUUCUUAAGCAAAUUCUUGUCUAAGGACAGAGACCACUACAAUUCCUUAUGGAGCCCAGGCAACUCCAUAGGACAACGAGAAAUGAGGGAAUGGCUAUCCAAGCUUUGGAUCAGAAAACCAGAAAUGAGAGGGCUUGUAUGGAAGGGAGCAUGUAAAACACUAAAUGCAGACAAAUGGUUCAAUUGCCUGACAGAAAUUUGUAUGUUCCACAAUUUACCUCCUCCCACAGAUGAUGAAAAGCUACCAGUUGGCACGGGCAGCAAUCCGGUUUAUCUCUUAGCAGACUGUGCUGUUAAAAUCUUUGUUGAAGGAGGUCUGGAAGCUUCAAUGUAUAGUAUAGGCAGUGAGCUUGAGUUUUAUGAUGUGCUGCACGAAGCCAACUCCUCUUUGAAAAAUCAUGUUCCUGAAAUUUGGGCAAGCGGGAUUCUUUAUCUUGAGAAUGGAACUCACAAAAUUAUUCCUUGGGAUGGCAAAGGAGUGCCUAAUCUGAUUGGCAUGAGCAAUAUUAUUCCAGAGAAUUGCAAAGAGGACGAUCUUCCUUUUGGUGUGUGGGGCAAGAAACAAUAUGAAUGCAGACAAGCCGGGAUGUCAGCAAAUGAACAGGCAAAAUCAGCUGGCUGCUCAGAGAUAUGGCCAUUCAUUGUCACGAAACGAUGCAAAGGAAAGAUAUUUGCUGAAUUCAGAAGAGAUACACUAUCAUGGGAAGAUGCUCUAAGUUUGGCUUCGUUUCUGGGAGAACAAUUGCAUUACCUUCAUCUUCUACCCUAUCCACGUUUUAACAAGUCAACUUUGUCAGUUGCUGAACCAAAAAUGAGAUUGCCCUUUGCCAAUGGUUCUUGGGAGGAGCUUUCCUAUAGAUCUGACAUUCCUGCAGAAUGGGAAAUCUUCAUCAGAACUCUAUCCAGGAAGAAGAAAAAUGUCACAAGCCGCUUGAAGGAUUGGGGAGAUCCAAUCCCAGAAACACUAAUACAAAAGGUUCAUGAAUAUAUCCCUGAUGAUCUUACAAAGUUGUUGGAUUCUUACGAGGAUGAAAAUGGCGUUAGCAAAGUUGGUAAACCUUGCUCCUGGAUACACUCAGAUGUUAUGGAUGACAAUAUUCAUAUAGAACCAAAUUUCGUUACCUCUUGCUUCAGUGGAAAAAAUGGAGAUGCUUGUCUGGUGGAUAGCAGUUCCAAUGGCUAUAAAGAUGGUGGAGAUGUUACAUCAUGGCAUCCCAGCCACAUUCUUGAUUUUAGUAAUCUUUCUAUUGGUGACCGCAUUUAUGACCUAAUACCUGUAUACUUGGACGUAUUUAGAGGUGAUUCCAGUCUCCUUAAGCAGUUUUUAGAAAGUUAUAAACUACCUUUGCUAACAAGCAAGCAUGAACCGAUAAAGGGCAGUGAGAAGUUUGAACGACUUUCAUACCAUGCCAUGUGCUACUGUAUCUUGCAUGAAGAGAAUGUCCUGGGGGCUGUUUUCAGCAUGUGGAAGGAACUAAGAAUGGCAGAGUCGUGGGAGGAGGUUGAGCUGACGGUCUGGGGAGAACUAAAUAACUACAAGGGCAUCUCUUGAUAGGUUGCGGGUCGUCUAAUUGAGGUCUAACUGCUGCAUAUUAAGCCUACUCUGGAUAUUUAGCAUUUGUUGGUACUCAGUAAACAGAAUUUGACAAUAACUUAACUAAGUCAUUUUUAUUGUAUUGUUCCCCCUUUAGUUCAAUAGGUCCAUUUGUAUUGUUUUUUUUUUUUUUUUUUUUUUUUUUUGUAAUUGUUUUUUUUUUUUUUUUUUUUUUUUUUUUUUUUUUUUUGGUUUUCCACAUCAAGUUAAAUAGGUAUUUUCAUGGGAAUUUUUGUCAGACUUACGUGUGAAUAAUACAAUGUUUACAAUUGUCAGCGUAA